UUGGCCUGUGUGGGGUCCCGUACCUAGCUGUGCAGGGAGGAAAGAGGAAGCGGCGAGCGGGGCCGCCUGGGAGCAUGGAGUCUGUGCGGGUCUGCGGGUCACUAUAACGCACCUACCCAUCUGGCGCCAUGGCCACAUCAUCCGAAGAAGUGUUACUGAUUGUUAAAAAGGUGCGUCAGAAGAAACAGGAUGGGGCCCUAUACCUCAUGGCAGAAAGAGUUGCCUGGGCCCCUGAAGGCAAGGACAGAUUCACCGUGAGCCACUUCUACGGAGACAUUAAGUGUCAGAAAAUUAGCCCCGAUGGAAAAGCUAAAGUCCAGCUCCAGUUGGUCCUCCAUGCCGGAGAGUCAACAAAUUUCCACUUCUCUAACGAAAGCACGGCGAUCAAAGAGCGUGACGCUGUUAAGGAACUUUUACAGCAACUUCUUCCCAAAUUCAAACGGAAAGCCAACAAAGAACUAGAAGAAAAGAACAGAAUGCUUAAAGACGAUCCUGUCUUAUUCCAACUCUAUAAAGACCUUGUGGUGAGUCAGGUGAUCAGUGCAGAGGAAUUUUGGGCCAAUCGUCUGAGCCUGAACUCUCUGGACAGUUCAGUUUCCAACAACAAACAAGAUGUGGGCAUCUCCGCUGCAUUCCUGGCGGAUGUUCGUCCUCAAACUGAUGGGUGUAACGGCUUGCGAUAUAAUCUGACAUCAGAUAUCAUAGAAUCGAUAUUCCGUACAUAUCCUGCAGUAAAGCUGAAAUACGCAGAAAAUGUCCCGCAUAAUAUGACAGAGAAGGAGUUUUGGACGCGCUUUUUUCAGUCCCACUACUUUCAUCGAGAUCGUCUAAACACUGGCUCUAAGGAUUUGUUUUCAGAGUGUGCCAAACUGGAUGAGAAAGGUCUAAAGUCCAUAUUCUCCCAGGGGGUGAAGAAUCCAAUGCUAGAUUUGCUGUCGCUGGAAGAUAAGUGCUUAGACGAGGGAUACGGAGCUUCAAGCUUUCCAUCGACAUCAAACUCCAAAUCCAUAAAGGAGAAUAGUAAUGCUGCUAUAAUUAAACGCUACAAUCACCACAGUGCCAGGGUUCUGGCAGCAGGACUCCGAAAAGAGGAAGCACAAAACGACCAGAACAGUGAGACCAGCAGCACAGACGGAAACUCUAGGGAUUCCGAUUUCUUCCAGCCUCCAGUAAAAAAGGUGAAAUUACAGGAGGCCAUAGAGUAUGAAGAUUUAGAGCAGAAUAAUGGCUUGAAACCAAUUUCACUCAAUCUGAAAAAGUCAGAUAGGUAUUAUCAUGGACCCACCCCAAUCCUUUCCCAGCAAUAUGCAACAAGUCAGGAUAUUCUCAAUUCUUUUCAUAGUAUUAAACUGCAAAUGGAAAACUAUGUACCAAGGUUAACUCAGGUUCUUUCAAGUGGUGCUGCUACUAGUACGAUCGCUGCUCUGUCCCCCGGUGGGGCGUUAAUGCAAGGCGGGACAAAGCAAGCCAUAAACCAGAUGGUGCCAAAUGAUAUUCAGUCUGAACUGAAGCACUUGUAUGUAGCAGUUGGUGAGCUGCUUCGACAUUUCUGGUCUUGCUUCCCUGUAAAUACCCCCUUCCUAGAGGACAAGGUUAUUAAAAUGAAGAGUAAUUUGGAGAGGUUCCAGAUUAGUAAACUAUGCCCAUUCCAGGAGAAAGUGCGGAAACAAUACCUGAGCACAAAUAUUACAAGUCACUUAGAAGAGAUGCUGCAGACCGCCUACAACAAGUUCCACACAUGGCAAUCCAGACGCAUGCUUAAAAAAACGUGAUGUCUUUCCACGAACACUAAAAACACAUGACUUGCAAUAGAGUACAAAUAUAAAAAUUAAAAAACAAACAAAAAAAAACAACCUGUCGGAUGAGCAUAGGGCACAGAGCAUUCGUGGCGAGCUGUCUCACACAGGAUUCUGGCGCUAUCCUUAAACAGGAGACUUUUUUUGGCAGAAAAGAGGAAAACACAAGGAAUUUUACAUAAAAACGGAGACCCUGCAUCCGUAGGCGAGAGAAGAUUAUCAGAUGGUGUUUACUGCGGCACUGCAAGCAACUUUAAAAACCUGCAUUAAGUGGCUGAUUGUCGACGUUUACAGGCACUUUUCUGGAGUGUCCUGACAAAAAUGAAUUUGAUUAUCUCUUUUUCUUUUAAUUAUUUGUGGCACAGGGUAUAGAGCUGAAAGUUUUGGGUUAUUUUUUUU